CCUUUCCUUUUCUUUUCUUUUCCUUCUCUUCCCUUUAAUAUUCUUACACAUUCUCACCCCUCAAUAUUUUCCUUCCGUCCUUCCUUCGGCGUGAAGAUUCUCUCUCAGUUUUUCUUUCCCUAAUCUUAAUCAAUUCUUUGCUUUCAAUCAGAUCCCCAAAUCAACCAUCAUCCUCAGAUCGGUCGCUCGAUUCGAUUACGACAUCAAAUAUAUAUAAGAGAUGGCGGAAGAACAUAGAUGUCAAGCACCGGAGGGCCACCGCCUCUGCGUGAACAACUGUGGCUUCUUCGGAAGUCCGGGAACCAUGAAUCUCUGCUCCAAAUGUUACAGAGAUGUUUACCUCAAGGAGCAACAAGAAGCCUCCAUCAAAACAACGGUUGAAAACUCUCUCUCCGCCGCUGCAGCUUCUUCUUCUUCUACCUCAUCGUCUUCGUCUUUGCCUCCCCAGCGUUCCACUUCGUCCUCAACGUCGGAGUGUCAGAUCGAGGUUUUCUCUGCGCCGGUGGUGACGGUGCCGGCUCUGGCUCCGCCGGUGUUGAAGUUACCAGAAGUCGCAGCGGAGGUGGUGGUUGCGCAGCCGAAUCGGUGUUUGGUUUGCAAAAAACGAGUCGGGUUGACCGGGUUCAAGUGCAGGUGUGGGACCACGUUUUGCGGGGUCCAUAGGUACCCGGAGAAACACGGGUGCACCUUCGAUUUCAAGAGAGUAGGAAGGGAAGAGAUAGCCAGAGCGAAUCCGCUGGUCAAAGCUGAGAAGCUGGACAAGAUAUGAUUCAAUCUGGACCGUCGAAAUCAAAUUUGGGGUUUUCUAGAGAAAUCGUUUAGGUUGAUGGACGGCGUUGAUCAUAAGCGGUUAUUCAAUCGUGGGGCUAUGAUCACGUAUCUGAGAUGGUGGAAGAUAAUGAUCAUAUAUAUAUUAUAUUAGAUUUGUCUCUGUCUGUCUGUCUGGCUCUUUUUUUUUUUUUUUAAUUAACUUUGGGAAUAAGGUUGGUUAUUUCAGUGGGCUUGCAUUGUAUAAAUUAAAAAAAAAAGUUUAAAAAAAUUAAAAAAAAAGUGUUUGGGAUUUAAAAUCUCUAAUUCAAUUCCGUGUAGAUUCUUCUAUUUGAGUUUGAAGCUUUUUAUCAAUUUGAAUUUGGACGAUCAGUUGGCUCUUUUCA